GUUUUACGGCACAAAUCAAACCGUGUCGUUUGUCGCUGUAUCCAGCCGAGAGUCGACCUUCUGCAGUCAGACGAACAACCCACCCAACUAACUAACGAACAAUGGCUCAUCUAACGGAAAACCCCGCGGAUAAAGAGAGGUUCAUCUGCGUCUAUCCGGUCUACAUCAACAGUAAGAAGACGCUGGCUGAAGGACGAAGGAUCCCCGCGGAGAAGGCUGUGGAGAAUCCGUCCUGCGCCGAGAUCAGAGACGUCCUCACGGCGGCGGGGGUGAACGUCUACGUGGAGAACAAAAUGCACCCCAGGGAGUGGAACAGGGACGUCCAGUUCAGAGGUCGCGUCAGAGUUCAGGUGAAGGAGGCCGACGGCAGCUUCUGUCAGGAGAAAUUCACCUCCCGUAAAGAUGUGAUGAUUUACGUAGCUGAGAUGAUCCCUAAACUAAAGACUCGGACCCAGAAGAGCGGGGGAGGAGACACCAGCUCUCAGCAGGGAGAGGGAGGAAAGAAGAGCAAGAAAAAGAAGAAAUAGACUCAGAGAAAUGACCUUUUUUUUUAAAUUAAUUUUAAUUUUAAAUAUGAGCUCAUUGUGAAUUGUUUAGAUGAGUGUCAAACCCUGAACGUUUUUUUUUUUUUUUUUUUAAUUUUUGUUUUUAAAGGGUUGUUGUCAUCGUGACCUCAAACUCGUUCAGCUGUUGGCUGUUUCCUCUGUUUUCUUUACCGUUUGACCACACUGAGCGUUUCUCCGACCGGAGGCCUGUGAGAGCUGCUCACAGCUCGUCGAGUUUCCAGAAACGCAGGCAGAAGCAGAGACGGGAACUCUUCCCUGUGUUCGAAGAGGGGGGGGGGUGAAGUGAUGGAGGAAGGUGUGCGUCUUUGUUUCGACCCCAUCGCUCCACAUUUUGUUCACUCCGCCGAGUCUCUGUCAAUAAAGAGUUCAUUUUCUCA